CCCCGCCGGCCUCUCCCCCGCGCGACUUUGGCGGCUGCACCAGGCAGAUCCGACCGGGGUGCGGAGCUGCAGCCAUGGCGGUAGCAGCCGAGGGCGCCCGCAGGAAGGAGCGCGUCCUCUGCCUGUUCGACGUGGACGGGACCCUGACGCCUGCCCGCCAGAAGAUUGACCCUGAGGUGGCCACCUUCCUGCAGAAGCUGCGGAGUAGAGUGCAGAUCGGGGUGGUGGGCGGCUCCGACUACUCUAAGAUUGCUGAGCAGCUGGGCGAAGGAGAUGAAGUCAUUGAGAAGUUCGAUUAUGUGUUUGCCGAGAACGGGACGGUGCAGUAUAAGCAUGGCCGGCUGCUCUCCAAGCAGACCAUCCAGAACCACCUGGGGGAGGAGCUGCUGCAGGACUUGAUAAACUUCUGCCUCAGCUACAUGUCGCUGCUGAGACUGCCCAAGAAGCGUGGAACCUUCAUCGAGUUCCGGAACGGCAUGCUGAACAUCUCGCCCAUCGGCCGCAGCUGCACCCUGGAGGAACGGAUCGAGUUCUCCGAACUGGACAAGAAGGAGAAGAUCCGGGAGAAGUUCGUGGAAGCCUUGAAAACAGAGUUUGCCGGCAAAGGGCUGAGGUUCUCCCGAGGAGGCAUGAUCAGCUUUGAUGUGUUCCCUGAGGGCUGGGACAAGCGCUACUGCCUGGACAGCCUGGACCAGGACAGCUUCGACACCAUCCACUUCUUUGGGAAUGAGACCAGCCCUGGUGGGAAUGACUUUGAGAUCUUUGCUGACCCCCGGACUGUCGGCCACAGUGUGGUCUCCCCUCAGGACACAGUGCAGCGAUGCCGAGAGAUUUUUUUCCCAGAGACAGCCCAUGAGGCGUGACCUACACCUAUCAUGGUGACUUCCAAAGAGCCAGGCCCAGAUCCACGGAGAGACCCUGGCGCUGGGCGGGUGCUGAGGUCCCUCCUGCUCGGGCCCAGGGCGCCCGCCCUGUGUAUCUGCUGCAAGGGCCAGGGGCCGUGAGGAUGACUUUCCCCAGCCCGUCGUCCAUGGUGAGGCUGGCUCCUGUCCUCCCAGGGCCCAGUGUUCCUGUCUUCCGCCCGGUGGCCCUGGCCACAGCUGCUGCUGGUAUUUCUGAACAGAACGGGUUUCUGUCUACACAGAGGGGAGGUGUGUGCGGCUGUCACGUGAGAUCUAGCCCACCCUGCCUGCUCGCCCCAGUUGACUGGGGCCAAGUGGUGGGGAAGGUGUGUAUUUUAGAGAACUUUAUGUCACAAAUAUUAAAGUUCCCAGAGCAAG